CUAGCACUCAAAAAUAUGGCCGUCAUAUAUAUAGGUAAAUAAAAAGCUGCAAAGAAGUUAUUUGAAGUCUGUUAAGGAGUAAAGCUCUGAGAAGUGCAAAGGUUGGCCAUGGAGUUUCCUGAAGGCUUUAAUCAACUGGAACUGUUAGAAUCUCAUACUCAUAUGAUCCCUGCUGGGACGCAGAGCGCCUGGGACGAGGAGGAAGAAGAAGAAGAAGGUGGUGGUGGUGAUGAUGAUGAUGAAGGCCACCACACUGAGGAGUGGUACCAACAACAGGAACUCAAAUUAAAAAGCAAUCCAGCAGAGCUGAUGCUUUGGGCUGCUGAGAAAAACAGAUUGGCCACAGUUGCACAUCUCUUUGCAUCUGAUCCCGCCCUCGUGAAUUGCUGUGACGAUGACGGUUACACUCCUCUUCAUCGCGCAUCCUACAGUGGACACCUGCCUGUGGUCUCUGCACUUCUAGACAGAGGCGCAGACCUUCACGCAAGGACGGUUGACGGCUGGACGCCUCUGCACAGUGCUUGUCGCUGGGGGCACACGGCUAUUGCUUCCUGCUUGCUGCGCCGGGGGGCAGAGGUCAACGCCAUGACAACAGGCCAACAUACACCCCUGCAGCUAGCAGCAGGAAACCCCUCAGCGAGGCUGACCAUCGAGCUGCUGCUAUCACAGCGCACCAUACAGGCUGGACUCAAGAACAGCGUUGGAGAGACAGCUUGCGAAAUUGCACUCCGAAUGAGUGCACACUACAGUCUGUUUGAGAUGAUAGAGCCGUGUAAUAACAUAUGUUGACAGAGUUUUAUAAAGAGGCAACACUGUGCUCUUAUCCAUGAACAGAUAUGUUUCACACACUAAAUCGGGACAAAAGGUAGAAAAUCUUCUCAUUUAAUGUUCAAUUUUUCAAAAUCAACAGGAAGGCCCAACACUGAACUCUGAAAUGACCAGAUAUAAAGAAAACCAACACAUAAUAAAUAAAUAAAAGUUUGUUGUCAUUGACAUCUCCAAAAGACCAAUUAGUCUGAUCUAACCCCGGAACACUGGGUCUCUUUUUACCAUGCUAUGUUGCCAUGGUAACAUUUGCUGCACAGCUGCCCUGCUCCAGGAAAGGUCAUGUUUGGUAUUACUGAUCAUUUCUGGCUCAUCAAUAAUCUGUGUAUGUACUUAAGGAAUCUUAAAGAUUAUGGAACAUGCAGUGAAUGAAUAUCUCUUUACCAGCUUCUAAAAUCUUGUUUUACAAAUGCCAUGUUUUCACUCUUCCACAUGGCAGUAGCCUAGGCAUUGCUAUGUUUGAUGUUUAUUUAAUUUUGCAGUCAGUACUAAUUUAUAUGCCUUCUCUGAUGCUGAGAUUCUAAACAAAAAAAGUUUGACUCAUGUUACUCAAACUUCA